UGGACGGGGAACUGAAAAAUGGUCAAGCGAACAUUUUCCCCCUGGUCGCUAUUAGUCAUUUAUGUAGUUAAGUUAUAAAAAUAGUAAUGUUUAUUUUAUCUCUAUAAUAAACACAUACGCUCAUAUAAUCAUAUAAUCUUUUACGAAAUAUUGUCUGGAUUUGUGGAGGACGUAAAGCCCGUCUAGAGCAAGCUCAGGAAGGUAGCCUGGUGUACAUGGCACUACAUGUGGCUGCACCAUGAGUGGUGAGCCAGACGCCUUGGCUGUGGUCAACCAGCUCCGAGAUUUAGCCGCUGACCCGCUGAACAGGCGAGCUAUUGUCGAAGAUCAGGGUUGCCUGCCGGGCCUCAUCCUCUUCCUCGAUCAUCACAACCCACAAGUUGUCUACUCGGCACUGCUGGCCGUGCGCUACCUGGCAGAAUGUCGAGCCAACAGGGAGAAGCUGAAGGGCGUUCUGGGAAUGAUGCUGAGUCUGCAGAACGUCAUGCAGAAGAGCACGUCCCCCGGGGAGACCAAACUUCUGGCUUCAGAAAUCUAUGAGAUCCUGCAGAACUCGAGCAACGCUGAGGCCGAGCAAGCCGAAGCGGCCGCCUCGUGCCGCCGUAAAGCUCAGUUCUUCCUGGGAGCCACCAACAAGCGCGCCAAGACUGUGGUGCUGCAGAUCGACGGCUUGGACGACCCGACACGAAGGAGCCUGUGCGAAGAGGCUUUGCUAAAAAUCCGUGGAGUCAUCAGCUUUACCUUCCAGAUGGCUGUUAAGAGGUGUGUGGUCAGGAUCCGGUCCGACCUGAAGGCUGAGGCUCUGGGAUCGGCCAUCGCGUCAACCAAAGUGAUGAAGGCGCAGCAGGUGGUGAAGGGAGACGACGGUAAUGAGAUGGUGAUCCCGUUGCAGGAGGAUUCCGACGUGGAGGUGGAGCAGAACAUGGACUUGCCGGAUUACCUCCCCGAGGACGAGAGCCCGGCUCAGGAGCAGCACAAGGCCGUGUCUCGUCUGGGCUCCAUGCAGGACGGUAUGGGCUGGCUGGGCACGGCCGCCAACUUCCUUUCCCGCUCGUUCUACUGGUGACCCCGCGCCACGUACCUCCGCUCCGGUACGGAAACACUACUGCAGGCUGCUGCACACUAACUCAAGUCCUCCUGAAGCCCACGCUAGCGCCCACGCCACAGAGACACCAAGCCUCAGAACAACAAAGAUGGCUUUCACUACGAGCGUCUUCUCCAUAGCUGCGCUCGUGCUCUUCCUCUCUCUCUCUUUUUCUCUCUGUCUCUCUUUUUCUGUCUCUCUAUUUUUCUCUUUUUCACUCACUCAGCUUCUCCUUAAGCCAGAUUUUUUUUUUAAACGGUUUGGUCCAGUUUCUCCUUAUGGGUCCAUGUGUGAUACCAAACAAACUUUUUUCUUUUUGGGACACUCAGUGCUCUGCCAGGUUGCGUAAUCUUCCUAGCGAUUGAUUUUCAGUUUUGUACGAAGGAACUUUUUCUCAUGCAUGAAGUUAAGUACUCGUUUUCCCCUCUCUUUUUUCUGUAUCUAGCCUUCGCAUCUCACUUCUCGUGUGUUUUAACGUCGUGUUCUCUCUUCACUAAUUUGAAGAAAACUGAUGAUCCAUUUUAAACUCACCAUAACCCCACGGGGAUUUCUUGCUAUGACUGUUUCAUCCUCUUUUGAGUCUUUCUCUUUUAGCCAAUGUGUGUUUGAGACUUCUUGAUGCCUUUUCUUGUUUUCUUCUUAACUUGUGAAGAUUUAAACCACGUCCUUAUUCAUAUAUUGACCUUUUCAGUCAUAUAGACGGUUCAGGGAACCGGAGAAACACCAUUCAGUCAGUGAGCAAAGAUGUCUAACCUAAUGACUUGAUGAUGAGUGCAGGGAGAAAAAGGGAUUUAAAAAUAAACCCACACACACUCAUACACAUGCUAUUGCUCUUUGGACUACUAACAGUUACUCAUGCUUCGUGCCAACCUCUGUAACUACUCUAAAGAUUAAAACCCCAGAGCUGAUGACUGAACGGAGUCGGAAGGAUAGGUUGGUUUGGGAGCUUUUGCUUGUAAUUUUUUGCAUACGCUUUUCUUUAUCAUCGACUGCCUGUAACAUGAGUAUUGGGAAUUUGCCAAAACGCACAAUCAGUGCCUGUUACUCCUACGUGAAAAGAAAAAAACAAACACCUCAAAAUGAGCUCAAUGUGAUCUCUCAGAUCCAUGAACAAAAAAGGCUUAAAGUCACCAUCAGUGUUAAUGAAAUUCAGCAUCACAUAAUCACGAAUCACUGAAACUGUCUUGUGCUGUUGUGAUUUAUUUAAUUUAAUGCAUUAAAAUCUUGGGAUAGGUUUAGCUUUUAGAUUCACCCCCAGGUAACGUCCCUGGCUCCAGAGAGACUGUUUAGACGUAGACGCUUCUCAUGUACAGGGUACGUCUGCUGAUACUUGUGUAAAGAAUUUCAGCCUGUUCACAUUAACGACAUUAUUAAAUAUAUUAAAAAAUA